AUGAACCUCAAAAAUCGUGCAUACAAAAAUAAGCCACAAGAAAUGUUCUCUAAGCACGAAAAAAGGUUGUGUACCAACACUAAGAAUAAUAAUCGACCACCACAACACACCAGGGUCGUGUUUAGCCCACAAUCUGACCCGGAUCCAAUCAGAAUAAUGACUGGAGAUGGCUUAACAAUACUCGAAUCAGGUGAAAGAGGAGAGAGGAAAUGGCAAGAAGUCGUGGUCCCGGCUAAUCCUCAAGUAAUCCCGCAAUUCCUGUUGAACCCGAAUAUCUUCCAAGGUAGCAAUUACCUGCCACAGGGAAGACAUAAUGGACAUUUACCGCGUUAUCUGAACUCGACAAUGGCUCGGGAACGGGAACCACUGCGAAGAGAAAAUAAUGUAAGCAUCAUAAAGAUCCUGGGUGAAGAAAACGAAAACAAGGCAACAUUUGAAAAGUUGGAAGCCAUGAUAGCAGAACUGCAAGCAAUGCUGAAAGAAGUGAAACAAAAUGUUCUUGAAAAACCAACGAGUGCUAACCCUGACCUAACCCUACAUGGAGGAGGCACUGCUUCAUCCACGGAUCCCACCGCGAAAGAGCUAGAGAAGAAGGCUAUUGAAGAUGUUAUGGCUCGUAUGCGCAAAACAUUUAUGAGCGCUACUAAUGGGGCAAAACCUAUGAAAGAGGUGGAUUCGUCGAUCUCGGCUGCAACCAUUGAUGUUCAGUCGCCAUUGAGAUACAUACCAUCACGUGUACGAGUUUCAAGGGCCAGUGACGGUCUUAUCACAUCAAAUUGCAAUGAUCUCAAGCUCAGGAAUAUUAUAACAGAGAACAUCAAAGCAACUGCACAAGAAUCGAAGCGAGCUAUACAGAAAGCAGCCGAGAUGGAGUAUGGUGGCGUUUUCAAUGCCAUUUGCAGUCCAUGUGAAUUUUCUUUCUUAAUCAGCUCACAGAAAUAUUGUGACGGAACGAAAGAUCAGGUGAGCAAGUUUUCGCCUUACCGUAAGUGACA